AUGUCAACAGCUAAAACAGUAGCAAUUCCAGCAGAACCAGGAUCUCAUCUCUCUAAGCCACCAGACUGCAACCAAUUAGAAAUUCAAUCAACAGUGCCUUAUCGCGAAGCGGUUGGAUCGUUACUCUUUGUAGCUCAGGGUGUGUCGCGACCGGAUAUCGAGUACUCCGUGAAUCGAGCAAGUCAGUUUCUAACCAAUUACAGAGAAGAACAUAGGCAAGCAGUGAAGAGGAUUAUUCGAUACCUGGAAGGAACUAUUAAUUUCGGUAUAGUGUACGGACAUAGUGGGAGUGACGAAUUGAUCGGGUAUACAGAUGCUGAUUAUACCGGGUGUAUACAAACGCGUCGAUCAACGAGUGGCUUCACGUUUUUAUUUGCAGGAGGUCCAGUCAGAAGCAGAGUGCAGUUUCCCUUUCCACAACAGAAUCUGAGUACAUCGCCCUAG